AUCAAAAACUCAAAAGGAGAAAAUAACUAAGUCUCAGAAUUCUCAGACGUCUAAUCUUAAUUGUUGCAAUUGACUGAUAAUACUAACUCUCAAUUAACUGUCUCAGUUGAUACGAUUAUGAAGUUGUAAAUGCUGUGUAAAUCCGACUGUGAACGUAAUUUGUAAAAAUGUUGUAAGCCUUUAACUUGAAUUGUGAGGAGUUGUAAUGUGAUGGCAUCUUUUUCUAGUGAAUAUGAAGAUUUACCGCAAGAAAAUCUACCAUUUUGGAAGAAGAAAAGAAAUCUGAUUGUGGUGUUGGCCUUUUUUGGUUUCUUUAAUGUCUACGCACUUCGGGUAAAUUUGAGUGUAGCAAUAGUGGCAAUGACAGACAAUCGUACUACUGUGCUGUCCAAUGGGUCUACAGUUUAUGAGUCCGACUUUGAUUGGACUACCCAGCAGAAGGGUUUGGUUCUUAGCUCGUUUUUCUACGGCUACAUCUGUACACAGUUUGUUGGUGGUUAUCUCGGUUAUCAUUUUGGUGGAAAUAAAAUAUUUGCUAUAGGAAUAGGAACGACGGCUUUACUGACGCUACUUACCCCAGUUGCUGCUAAUUAUAGCAUUUAUAUGUUGCUUGCUAUACGUAUAAUCGAGGGAAUUUUCGAAGGUAUGACAUUUCCAUGUAUGUAUGAUGUAUGGAGUAAGUGGGCUCCACCACUGGAACGUACAAGAAUGGCAGGUUUUGCUCUCGCUGGCAAUUAUAUGGGAACAGUAGUAGCCAUGCCACUGUCUGGUAUUCUAGCUGUGACACUUGGAUGGGAGAGUAUCUUCUAUGUGUUUGGAUGUGUCGGACUUUUGUGGUUUCUGUUGUGGAUUUUUAUUGUUAAACGAAGUCCUCAAGAUGAUCUGCACAUGACAAAUGAGGAGAGAACAUAUAUAGUUGCAAGCUUGGGACAUCAAAAACCGAAUCAACCGAAAUUCUCGGAAGCUCCAUGGAAAGAAAUUUGGACCUCUAGUGCUGUCUGGGCAAUUAUUGUGGCUCAUUUUUGUGAGAGCUGGGGAUUUUUUACGCUGCUGACGCAAUUACCAUCAUUUCUCAAAGAUAUACUAAACUAUGAUAUAUCAAAUUCCGGUUUCUUGUCAGCGCUACCUUAUCUUACACUGUCCAUUUUGGUGUUUGUCUCCAGUUUUCUUGCUGAUUGGUUCCAGGUCAAGUCAAUUUUGACUACAUCGCAAGUACGUCGCUACUUCAACUGCUUGUCAUUCCUUGGACAAACUGUUUUUAUGUUAUUGGCGGCCUUCAUCGUGCAUAGAACUUACAGUGUUGUCCUACUAACGAUUGGAGUUGGAAUCGGUGCAUUUUCGCUAUCUGGCUUUACAGUAAAUCAUUUAGACAUUGCGCCAAAUUAUGCGUCUAUCUUGAUGGGAAUUUCUAAUACUUUUGGAACUGUACCCGGAAUCGUAUCGCCGCUCAUCUCUGGAUAUAUUGUUCACACUCCCAAUGAAUCCGAAUGGAAGAUUAUCUUCUAUAUCACUGCAGGCGUCUAUCUUUUCGGUAGUGUAUUCUAUUGGUUCUUUGCAUCUGGUGAACUGCAAAGUUGGGCUGUUAGAAAAGAAGACAGUGAUAAGAAGGAUUCGAAAAAUUAGCGAUAGGCUUUGGUGUAUUCACUUCACUCUACAUUAUAUUUUGUAUUUGUAUCUAUUCAAGAAUUAUAUUAAGCAGAUUUGUGAAAUGAUGAAUGAAUUAUUGUGUUCAUCAUUCACUUGGUUCGAAGAAAUUCGAAGUGUACAAUUUACAU